AUGCUCAGGUUAUUUAGGUCUUUGAAAUUGGAGAGCGGCUGCAGAAGAGCACAUGGCGUAGGCUCAAUGAGGAGGCCAAUGUCCACAUCUGUCUUUACAAAAGCUACGUUUGAAGCCAUAUCAAAAACAUAUGGUUAUCUGACGCCAGAUCUCUGGCGUGAUGUGCCAUUAUCUAGGGCACCGUACGCAGAAUUUUCAGAUCAUCUGCUGCGGAACCAUCAUGCCAAAGCUGUUCCUGUUGAUGAAUGA